AUGUUUAUGGACAGAGGAACAUCUGAUGCCGACUUGUGGACAUUAUCUCAAGGACCAAACGAACCGCUUCGGGAUUACAUGGCAAGAUUUAAGGCAGUCGUAUCCAAAAUAGAAGGGAUAAGCGACAAGGCUGCGCUCGACGCUCUGAAACGAUCUUUGUGGUACAAAUCCGAGUUCCGACGGGAGAUGGCUCUCAACACGCUGCAAACAAUUCAAGACGCUUUGCACCGAUCAUCAGACUUUGUCGUAAACGAGGAGGAAAUGAAAAACUUGGACGAGCAGUACGAAGUAACGAAAGCAGCAAUACGAAGCUCAAUUUUGCCGCGCCCCGCGAAGAAGGGCAACCCAUCGAGCAACACAACAACACAGAGCUCGGAUGAACCUAGAAGCGGAGGUGCCCAUAACUACCAGGUAGGCACCGGACGCGGAAGAGGAGAGCCGCGUAACAACACUUGGGUGAGAAAAUCCGCCAACUACGAUGAGAAGGCUUUCUGCGAGUAUCACCAGACCUACUGGCACUCAACGGCACAAUGCCGAACCCUAGGAGCGAAACUUGCGGCUAAGAUGGCAGCGGGAGAGCUCCAAAAUGCGGUAAACCUCAAAGACCUUGUCCCUAAUGAACCGCGAGAAAGAGUCGAGCCGAGCGGCAUGGCGGAACCCGCGAAUCCUCCCCGACGAGGCGAUAACUCCAAGCGCGACAGGAGAGUGAUCUCCUUCCCCGAGGAGGAAACGGCAGGAAUCGAUCGACCUCAGAAUGAUCCGUUGGUGAUCGAGUUAACGAUCAGGGAUCAUGACGUAGCAAGGGUGCUCAUUGAUACUGGAAACUCAGUGAACGUCAUCUUCAGGGAAACACUCAGAAGAAUGGGAAUCGACCUCUCCGAGGUGGAAGCAAUCCCCAAACCUCUAACCGGAUUUUCAGGAGAAACGACGAUGACUAUGGGAACGAUCAGGCUUCCUGUGGUAGCUGGCGGAGUCACUAAGACCGUCGAAUUCUGCGUCACUGAUCACCCAGCAAUCUACAAUGUGAUCAUGGGAACUCCGUGGAUCAACGGGAUGAGGGCGGUACCCUCCACCUAUCAUCUCUGCCUCAAAUUUCCAACUCCAUCAGGUGUUAAAACGAUCUGGGGGAAUCAGAAGGAGUCACGAAUGUGCUGCCUAGCCGAGCACAAGCUGAGGAACCCCGUCACCGACGCACGAGCAGACAUAGACCGCAAAAAGAUGAAGACAGACCGAGAGCCCGAAAAUGAGCUCUCGAAACUCUUAUAG